GAAAUAGAUGAUACUGUGAUUCUUGCACAUACAAGUCCCAACUUAGAAAACUUACUAUAAUACUGUAUUAUUCACAGAUGUGAUUAUUACCAUAAUUUAAAGGAAAAAUUGCUGAAUGAUGUAAUGGAGUCCAGGAACAUGGCAAUAGGAGUCGGACUCUCACUUCAGAGUACACUUGGUAUUCUGGGAAAUUUCUCUCUUCUUUUCUACUAUCUAAUCCUCUAUCACAAUGAACACAUAUUAAAGAUCAUAGACAUGAUUCUUAUACAUGUGUUUAUAUCUAACUCCUUGAUCAUUAUCUCCAAAGGUUUCCCCCAGAUAAUGGGAGCUUUUGGAUGGAACCAGCUAUUCAGUGAUGUUGGGUGCAAACUUAUUUUAUAUUUUCAAAGACUUGGCAGGAACAUGUCCAUCAUCACCACUUGUCUCUUGAGUAUCUUCCAGGCAAUCACCAUCAGCCCCAGGAACUCCUGUUUGAAGAAAUUUAAAGUCAAAUCAACAAAAUUUAUGGGCUUGUUCAUUUCUCUUGUCUGGAUCUUGUUUAUGCUAGUAAAUAUGAUUUUCCCUGUGUAUACAUCUACCAAGAUGAAUAGCAAAAAUAAGACACAAAAGAGAGAUUCUGAAUUCUGCCAUUCUCUAGGCCGUGACAAAAUAGUAGAUUUACUGUAUACAGCAUUUUGUGUGUUUCCUGAAGUUGUAUUUUCUCUGCUAAUUGUAUGUUCUGGCACCUUCAUGAUUGUAAUACUUUAUGUACAUAAAAAGAGGGUUCAACACAUCUUCUGUACUCAUAUUUCUCCAAGAAGGUCCCCUGAAAACAGAGCCACACAGACCAUCUUGAUUCUUGUUUUCACCUUCCUAGCAUUUUAUACUCUCUCUUCAAUUUUACAAGGCUACAUUGCUCUUUCACAUGAUCCUAGUUGGUGGAUAAUGAAUACCACAGCCAUCAUUUCUAUGUGUUUUCCUACUUUAGGGCCAUUUGUGAUGAGUCGUGAUUUCGCUAUUUCCAAAUUCUGCUUUGCUUGGAUAGGAAAUAUAGAAAAACCAUGA